ACUACUAAACACAAAAUACAACAUAACUCAAACACUUAACAGUGAAGUACAAUGUUGUAAUCUGGGUUUAGGAAUUUAAGAACAAUUUAUAAAAAAAAAUAUAACAAUUGUUUUUGACAUCAAUCCAGUUGACCCGAGCAGCAGAGUUUUAAUUGUAAACAGCAGAAGGCUGGUUACAAUUUGUCUGUAAAACCAAGACUUUUGACCCUUCGUCCAGAUAUUGGUCAGACACAGAUUUUGCCCAGAUUUUUGGUCAGAGUGCCCAGAUUUUACAGACUUUUGAAAUUUAGUGAUGAAAUCAAUAUUCAUGUAUCGAAUAAGAUCCGUUAGUGCCAGAUUAGACUGUAAAUUUUGCUUGUAUUCAUGGGUAUUUGGCCAAUCAUUCAUUAACUUAUUUUUUUCGGCAUGGUACGUGAUAGGAAACAGUAGUAGUUAUAUGGUUCUCAACUCGAAAAUAACCCGAAUACCAGACACCCCCCCCCCCCCCCCUCUCGCUCACACGCAUCGAAAAAAUUCGUGUUCAGUACCAAAUUUGUGAUAUUCCUUAUGCACAGACACACACAGACUUUUUUCCAAAAUUGCCCAGAUUUUUUAUCCUCAACACCUGGCAUCCCUGGGGUUGCGUCUGACAUUCGUUGUCGUUGUCCCACACUACACAUAAGCGUUUCUACCCAACCUUAUCGAGGGGGGCGCAUUCUUCAGUGGUGCCCAACACAGCUACCCUCGAAAAAAGGAUAAAUCCGAGUUCGGCUGCCGAACUUAGUAUUGAGUAUGCCUAUCAGAACUUAGUUUUGCUAUUGCCCAGUCAAACUCAAAGUUGAGGGAAGCCACCGAAGUGCUGUUUUGAACCAAAAAUACUUAAUUUUGAGUUUAAACAGAAGAGCGUGCAAAACCCCAAAAGCGCAAAAGCUAUACCUGCAGCUAUACGCAUAAGCUGUGCAAUUCUGGAAGUUCAUUUGCGCCAUUUCAAAUUCAUCCAAUGAGUCCAAAGAUGUGCAAAUACGAAGACAGAUUUAAAAGGUUUAUAGGGUUUAAGAGAGGAGAAAAUAAAUUGACAUUAUAAAAAAUUAAAAUAACAUCGAAUUUUAAACGAAAAAAUGCAAAAUAUUAAAUUCUGAUGUCACAGGUAUGAAGUACCCGCAUAAAUCAGUAUUAUACAAUGACUAUUCUCAUUAUCUUCUUCCCGAGACACCCGAAAGAUUUAUUCUAUAGUUUUGGAUUAUUAAUGUAAGAUAAGGCUUAUCAUUUUUCCAUGAAAUGGAAUCGUUUGGACGCACUUUACGAUACAGGUAACGGGUCGUUAAGUAGAGUAUCCCGCAUAAACCAGGAUUGUAACCAAACGUUUUCUAAAACAAUCGCAAAACGAUUUGAUAAGGCGUAGAUAGAACUUUAGGCAAACUAUUAAAGAAAUUGUCAAAUACAUUACAUGAAUCGUGAAUUCCGAAUUGAUUGUAUUUUUAAUAUGUUGUUAGGUUAUGUAACUGUUAAAAACUGUUCAAACUCUUAUAUGGGAAAACUGUUCUGCAAACAGUUGCGCUAACGUUCAAAAACCACUCAUGAAUAACGUUUUUGUGCAUCGAACUGUUGUUGUUACAGUUAUUCUUAAAAUUUACUUGUAACUGAACAUUAACAGUAAUAGUUGUAGAACGAUUCGAAAUGACGUUCUUCGAACGUUAUGCGUACCGUAUUCUGAACAGUAAGGGCAAGUAGCACGCACACACACACAAAAGAAAAUUUUCUUUAAAAAAAUAAACUCAUUUUUAAAUUUUAUGAAUUUCUAUUUUAUUCACUUGAACGUCAUUAUUUACAUACAUAUAAGCUCCUCCAUCAGGGGGUGGUUUAAUUUUGAUCACACGGGCGGGAUGUUGGCGUAGCUGCUAGAUUAAAAGACGUACGGGAAUCUUCCCAGCAUUGAUGACACCUCCAGCUCCCGGCGCUGCAAUAAAAAAUAAACUUCUUUAGUGUAUUUGGAUCGAUACAUAUCUAAUGUUUAAGAAACUUACCAAUUACGAACAUCGCUGGUGUCCUUCUUCCGGUUUUUAAAAAAAAAUGUUUAUCCGUCUGUCGGACCCUGAUCCGAGAGGGCUUUUUUGUUGCUUCUGCUGAGUGCUGGGAGCUGGGUUGCCAGGUGCCCAGAUUUGUCUGUAAAACCAAGACUUUUGACCCUUCGUCCAGAUAUUGGUCAGACACAGAUUUUGCCCAGAUUUUUGCUGAGAGUGCCCAGAUUUUACAGAUUAUCAAAAUUGAGUGAUGAAACGAAGAUCUAUGCAUCGGAUUUGAUCCGUAAGUGCCAGAUUAGACUGAAAUCUCGCUUGUAUUCAUUGGUAUUUCACCAAGCAUUCAUUAAAAAUUCUUUUUUAAUAAGAUGAACAUGAUGCGUGGUAGGAAACAGUGUUCUUAGCGCGAUAAUAACCUGAAUACCACAGAAGCCUCCCCCCCCCCCCUCCCCCCGCUCACACGCACCAUCAAAUGUCUUAUUUAGUAUCAAAUUUGUGAUCUUCCCUGUGCACAGACAAACACAGACUUUUUUUCGAUAUUGCCCAGAUUUUUACUCCUCAACACCUGGCAUCCCUGGCUGGGAGUUGAACUGAGGGAACACGAAAGACGAAAAGUUUUUGUUUUUUUUUCUUUUCCAGUUGUCGUCCUGUCCAGUGGUGCCGGCUAGAGCGGUUUUUCAAAAUUGUACCAACAUGAAAUAAAAAAGAUUCAUAACUUUGAUGUUUCUAUUUCGCUUGUUUUCAUGUAUGCUAGCUAGCCUACACAUUAUUAUUUAUUUACAUAGUAUUCCGUCUUACGACAUAACUUGACGAACAUAAUUCCUAAAAGCUAGCCUACACAUCAAAUUUGUAAUUGCUGGUUGCUUUUUAACAUGCAUUUCUGACCCUCGCUUAGUAUCAUUAAAAUAACAAAAAUUAAAACUAUUUUCGUAAAUGUGUACUAAUUUUUGUACAAAAGCAUCUGGCAUCUCUGACAGGGCGUUUCGUUCAUUUAUGACAGAAAGGAUGAACGGUAUGUGUAACGGUUCGAGUUCGGUUUUACGAUUAAAGAAAAAUUGAAGGUAACCCGCAUACUAAAAAACUGAUUCUCAAACAGUCUCUACGAUUCGUCUACUGCUGUGUAAAUAGUGAUUGUCACUGUAAACGUAGCUAUUAUAUUGAACUUUACUUCGACAACGAUAAGAAUCUUUUAUGAACAUUAAUAUGAAAAUGUGAUGGUUUCUGAAAAGGUGAAAGAUACCAUUCAACGAUUUACUUCAGUUUUAUCAAUAAUCGUACAAAAGAUCUCGAACCGUUAUCUGUAGCGUUCAUGCCUUCUGUCAAAUGUUACAGACCUGUUCUAUGUACAUUCAAAUUUGAUCUAGAAAAAAAAAACGGUAUCAUAAAUCAUUUGGUUUCCAUUAUUAAUAAUUAAACAUUUAUUGUAAUUCAUCAUUGAACGGAGCUAAGCAAAUAUUGACAGCUGCUAGCACAUGUUCAAGUCAGCCAUUUUUGUUCCAAAAUUUUUCUUAUUGCGGCGAAAAUCAAUUGGGCACUUUUUAAAAGAUGCAAUUUAUUGGAAAACAGCUAAUGAAGCAUCCUGGGAGUGCUCCUGAGGCACUUAUUUACAUUCAGAGGAAAGGCCGAUUGCGACAUGGAAUUAAACAGCAGGGACAUGAAACUCGAUAUAUUUCGUUAUUUCGAAGGUGGGUAACAGUGCAAGUGCCACAUGAGGUGCAAGUGUUAAAAUGUGAAGUAAAUAAAUACAAUGAAUAAAGAAAUUUAUCAAAAAUAUUUGUAUCGUUAUAUUUCAUUGAGACCUUACUGACAAGCGUUUUUUAUUCUUAAACUCACUGUAAGUAUUACAGUAUUUUUGUAACGUUUCUUAUCAGUUUAAUGAUAUAAUCUAAAAGCUUUUUCAAUGGUUACGUUAUAUGAGGUACCAUUCAAAAAACAGUAAUCUUAGUACAAACGGUUCGUACAAUGAUCAUUUCGAUUUCCGUAACAGUUCGAUUGACGGUUUGACAAACCGUUAAAAAUAUGCCUACACAUGUUCAUUCUAGAAACAGUUCAAUGCCCUGAAAACGUUAUCCAUAAGCGUUUUAUAAACCAUUCCCUAACUGUUGCUAAAACAGUGUCUCCAUAUAGAAGUUUUAACAGUUUUAAACAGUAACAUAACUUAACGCCAUAUUCAGCAGACCGUCGUUUUGGAAUUCAAGAUAAGUGCAAUGUUUUUUAUGGUUUCAGAUAUAAUUUUAUUAACGUUUUUUUACACUGUUUCCAAUCGUUUUAUAACUACUACAGGAACUGUUGUGUUACAAUAUUUUCGUAUUCGGGAAUCGUUCAUAUCAUUCUAUAACCUUUCCAGAUACCAUCACGUUUUCACAUAAACGUUCAUAUUUCGUUCUUAUCGUUGGCAAAGUAAAGUUUGAUAGAACAGCUACGUUUACAGUUGAAAUCACUAUUUCUGAAACCGUAGAUGUAUCGUAUAGACUGUUUGAGAUAUGGUUUUUUAGUAUGCGGGUAACCAUUCAAUUUUUUUGCUUUUUUCUACUCAUCCGAGCAAGUUGUAUCAUACGUGGAAUCUUCACUUAAUGGUUUUCUCAUAAAAAAAUUACGAUAUAAUAUAUCGUGUCCUUUAGAUACAAUUAUUAAAAUUAAAUUAUCGAAAAGAAAAUCAGUUUUAAAAUUGUUUUUAUAGCAUUUUAUUUACAUCACAAAAAUAUAAUUUAUUUGAAAUGAAAAAAAAACACUUCACACUGUAAAAACACUGUAAAAAGUUUCGUGAUUGUGCUGAUGACCUUGUUAGUGCUGUUGUGGACUACCGACCCUCGCCCCGUUGGAACCGGUGGAGCCGGAGACAUCCGGCUAGCUGCGACUGGAAAAAGUAAUUUUCAAUUAGGAAAACUAAAAAAUUACCAAAAAAUAAAUCAAAGUACUUACCCUCGCACAACCGGAACUGGCGCCGUCGCCAAUCGAUCCAUCGCACCGUCGGAACCGGUGCUGUUCCGUUCUGAAUUCUCUCGAAAGCGUGAAAUUUUCACGAACGAAUCAGCGAGAAAAAUUUGUAUUCUGCACAAAAAUUCAACCACGUGUUAAGUGACAGCAGAAAAUUUUGGGGUGCGUUGCUAAAAUAAUCGAAUAUUAUUCAUGAUUAUUAACUGUAUCUUCCAGGCAUAAUUUUUUAUCUUAGCGUCGCGUUGCCAAAAUUACUCAAUUAGUUUUUUGGAAGAUUAAUCUUAUCUUUAAGAAAUGGUUUUUACUCGUUUCUAGCAAAGACACAUAAGCAGUGACCUAAAAUAAAUCGUAACUAUUAAUGUAAUCAGAACCGAAUAAUUCGAAAGAUGCAUAGUAUGGUUUUUAGCUAUGCGGGUAUUCAUUUAAAACGCGAGAAAAACACACUGAAUUAUUGUGCGCUGGAAUUCACCAGAUGUGCAGCAAAAUUCAUCAGAUGUGCGGCAAAAUUCAUCAAGUGUGCACAAAAUUCACCAAGUGUGCGGCAAAAUUCAUCGAGUGUGCAGAAAAUUCACCAGAUGUGCGAUUCCAACUUUUUGAUUUCCAUUUACAUGGGAUUCGAUGAAUACUUCAUAGGCCUGUUUGAAACAGUAACCUAGAUUGUUAAUUGAAAACGAGUGUGUAAAUGAAUUUUAUUCGAAAAUUUCACACACUCAUUUGGCGCAACACCUUAAACUUGUAAAAUUGACCCAUUAUUGCGAACAGCCGAGAUCUGUCAAAAAAAGUGUCGUUUCCUCGAGUCAAUUUUACACAUUAUUUAGAAAAGCUGGCUUACUAAAUAAAGGGUAGUUUUUUAACUUGUCAUUCAGAAUAUAGAACUCUUUCUGCCGUAACCGAUCUCGUUCGACGAUUCAAUGAAUCGGUUAAUGCUGAAAGAUCAGUUCAAUAGAUUGAGUUGAUUGAAUAUUUUCCUAUUCUAUAACAGGAGCAUGAAAAUGAUUCCUUGCCGAAUACAGAAAUUCAAAACUAACUGAUUUGUUUUUAUUAUUUUCUUUCCAUACUUCUGACAUUUUAAGGGCUAACAUCAAAGGGCUGACAUCGCAGAGCGGGCUUCCAAAAUAAUGUGUAGAUUUUACAUGCUUACAUUACUAAUUUUCACCUCUGCUUUGACGUACAUGCUGUGUACACUAUAAGGGGUACAAGGACUUUACAUGAAAAAGGAGUUAACCCAGUCUUUUCCGAUAACGGGUCAAAACUACACUACAAGGGGUUGCGCCAGAUGAGUGUGCAGGGUUAUCGGGCUUUUGUUUUGUUUCUUCCUUCCUCCGUGUUGAUGCUUCGUCGAUAUAACAGUAAAUUGGUCUCGGUUCACGGUAUCGCGGUGAUAAACAAAUCAUAGCGCUCUGCAGAUGGGUCUACUCGAUAUUCCGGUGGAAGUUUUCCAAAUAAUUCUAUCAUUGUUACCGUUCAAUGAGCUUCUCACAAUUUCACAAAUUUGUCAUCGUUGCAAACAGAUGGCCGAUCCUUGGAUUGUUCGUAAGGGCCGUCUUAAAGUGAACUCCAAAAUGUUACAUCACAAAAAUGUGAUAGAAAAACUCACGCGGAACUAUCUGGCCCUUGACAUAGUACCUGAGUCAGAAUCGGUGCUUCCAUUGUUGAUUGAUUCCCAGACUCCGAAACAUCUCAUAAUGAAUGGAUUUUUAUAUGACCAUCUGUUCCGGUUCUACCAACGAUAUAAGCGAUGGUUCGAGCAAUUGGAAUUCUUGCACGUUGAAAUAAACGAUCGUUUCGUUGAGUAUUUUACCAAUCAUGAGGAAGAUUAUCUCUUAGAGAUACCCUGCUUAAAAACACUUCAGUGGGCUGAAAGCUUGCUCGGGGAAAGUCGAAAAAGUAUUAAAAUUAUAGCCCAAAACCUAGAUUCGGUUCACUUCGAUGACAGUUCUCGUUAUUCCGCAAAUCUCAAAAUUUCGAGUUGCCUCAAAUUGAGACGCAUACAAUGUAGAUUAGGAAUAUUUAGUCAAUGUUUUGAACAUAUUUUCUGUGAUACUAGUUUUGAAACCAUUCAACACAUUAUGAUAGUAAACUUUGUGGGUGAUCAACUGUCAUAUUUGAAUUUUAUGAAUAACUUGCAAACGAUUUGGCUUUCGAUACAUCCAGCGGAAAUAAGCAUACUAAAUAAUUUUAGUAAAUUUAAAAAUCUCAAAAAGCUUGUCAUAAGUGUAAUGUAUGCCGAACAUCACGAAAGGGCCCAAUUGAACGUAACAAACUUAUUCCGUUUAUCGGAGGUUUUGAAUCACGUGGAGCUAUCUGAUAUGAACAUCUUAGCCACAUUGUCCUCAAUUUGUUUAGAACGUUUGACUGUGCUCAAAUUGAUAAAUGUAAAUUUGUGUGACGAUAGCAGUAUCAUUAAUAUUUUUGCUCCCAAACUGCAAGUUUUGUCCCUUCCUCUAGACAUACUCGAAAAAUUUGUUAUACAACAAAACGACUGUUUAUCCAAGCUUUGCAUACAAAUCAAGAAAACGCAUUCAACGAGUGCUUUAAAGGCUCUGUUAUCUAGCUUUCUGCACAACUACUCUAGUGUGACGCAACUAGCGCUGAAAAAUAUCUCAAUUUUCGCUAAUAUUGAUGAUUUGCCUGCUAAUAUCACGAAUGUUCGUCGCCUAGCGAUUAUGGGUCUUACAAUGGAGAUGAAAUGCUUUGAGAGGAUUGCCACGUGGAGGGCUUUGAAGCAUCUAUCAUUGUUGAGAUGUACUGUACGUUGUAAGAAUGCAGAAAAGUCUCUUGUUUUAUCAAAUGUUACUUCGGCCAAUAUCUGCGCAGUAGAUUUUGAGAACGUACACUCCAAGAAAAAUAUUAGCAGUUGUUUAUUCGAAUUUUCAUCGGCUUCAGAGGAUGCAAUCCACAUUGAGAGCGAGCCCAAGUACGAAUUCAUAGAUAAUUUUGAUUGGGCGAAUGAUUGCAGCGCAUGGUGGGCAACUCAGUUUAGCACGUUAUCUGACAAAUUUCUUUAGGCCUUUGCUUCGCUUUGUAACAGAUUGUUACCGAAGUUGGAAAUAAAUUUCCAUAAAUUUGAACAUCUACAAUAACUUUGAAAGAAAUUUUAAAGCUUUAAAUAAGUUCUGGACUCUCUAAUUUUCGGCAUUGGUUGAAAUUCUAAAAAUGACAAAUUGAAAACACAUAUGAAAAGUAUUCGAAAUUCAUAUUUCAUACUGACAUAACAAGACAACUGUUUCGACAACAAACCUUCACACAGCAAUGGGAGCAUGAACAAUUAUAUACGAGGGAGGCUGAACCAGGGCGACUCUUCAAUCCCACUGGGAACUAAACACGUUGUAGAAGUCAUCGCGCCAGAGAUGUGUGCGCAAUCGAUCGACGAGCACGAUCGGAGGUUGCCCGCUGGCGAUCACGGGAAAUACCGUUACUGUCCGGGGCAUCGAAACGCGUUUCACGCGAUAAUGGUGCAGCUGCGAGAGAUCUAACAGACCGGUGUUGUGGACAUCCAACAGAAAGUUACACUCCUCGAUGAUAAAGCGCUGAAAUGAGGUAAGUAAUCGAUAUACUAAAUUUGUCAAGUUUGUUUCACAUUUGUUUAGUGUUUUUUACGGCAAAUAUCGAUACGUACCUCGAGCAGUUUCAUUUCGGCAAUUUGUACGAAAAAGUUCAUAGACAGGAUGAAAUUAUUAAUGUAAAGGGACCUAAUGUUCUGGAAUGUGCACGCACUCGGCACGUGGGUUGUGCAUUCCUUAGACAUGAUUUUAACCGCUAGCCGUGCCAUUUUCGGAAAGAGAUUCAUCUCGGUAAGGAUUGCUUCCUGAUUUGACGGUUCGUGAAUUGUUGUUUUUAGUUCCUCCGUCUCCAGAAACCAAGGGUAAGGCGUUUCCAUGCAAUCCCCGUAGGUGGUAAGGCGAGUAAAUUUUGUGCUGUUGGAAAAGUGAAUAUGCGGGAUAUUCUUCUUGGGUAUUCUGAGGUAGUCUAGCUUGGGAGCAUCCAGUGAUAGGUAAAUCUCAUCCGAUUGAAAUAUUUCCAGAUCAAGAUGAAGCUCUCGAAGUGCUGGAAAUACUAAAGUAGAUGGCUCGAGAGCAACCAUCAUUCCUACCAGGGCUAGUUUCUCUAAGUUUAUCAACGAUUUGGCGAUCGGGCUUACAUUGAUACAAUCGGUGGCAAAAAUCGUGAAACCCUUCAACAAUUUGCAUUUCUUGCAAACUGAUGCAAUAAAGCAUUCAAGGGCAGCGUCGCUGAAAUUCCAACACAUGUAGGCCGUAAGUGAGCGGAGUGCCUUCAUGCUAUCCCAUACGCAACUCCAAUCUGCCGCAGAAUCCGAGAGAUUGUUUAGAUGUAACUCCUGCACGAACUUGAAACUCGACAGGACUUCACUUGGAAACCUCUCAUUAUCGUUGAGCUGGAUUUUCAAAACUACUGCUGUACUAAACCAGUCUUGAAAUUCUCGAACCAUCUGCUCAAAAAAGUCACAAGUCACAAACUCGAAACAGAACUUGUGUACCGUGUACCUUUCACUGCUUAUUUGGACAAGAUCUCUCAGCAGAUCGAAAUCACUUUGGGACCGUAACGAGCUUAUCUUAAAGUUGCGGUAUCUUCGUGUUGCGUUGGUCAAUUCCUCCGUUUGCCCGCCAUAUCGAACGGCCAGAUACGAUAGAGAUAGAACGGCCUUCCAAGCUACCCUCAAAUGCCAUCGUAGGAGCACUGUUGAAAAAGCCCUUUGACGAUCGGGCGGCAGAAAAUCGAAUAUCCUAUCUACUAUCUCCGGUGGCAGUUGAUCAAAACUCAUAAUGUAUUGGAGCUCCUUUCAAAUGGGUUUUCAUAAGUACUUCACAAAUUUAAUACUGCCGUGAGGAGGAAGCACUAUUUCGGCAAACAUUCCCCGCGUGAUAACAAAAGAGUUCAUCUGCGAUUAUUAGGUCUGUUCAAUGUUAGCAACGCACGUGCUUGAGUUCAUUCCCGGAUAAAUUCCGUUCAUGAUGCAUCAACAAAUUAAACGAAACUUGACAGUAAGCAAGAAACCACACACUCAGAAAAAUACUAUUAUGUAUGCCAUAAGAUUCUCUUAUGAAGUGGCGCCAUAAGAAAAAUUAAUGAAAUUCAUAAGAUUGUCUUAUGACGCGAAUGAAUUCUGAAGAUGAACGCUUACUUCAAUGAGAGGUUGUUGGUUUUCAUAAGAGAUUCUUAUGGAAACAGUAAAUCACUUUCUAAUAAGAAAAAUUCUUGAUAUUUCGUGCUGAAAACAUUAACUUUAUUGUUUGCCAAAUUCGUUUAAAAUUAAAUCCUUUAUUGUCACCAUCAGCAGCGCAUCAACAGACGGCUCCAUCAAAGUUUUUUUUUUGCCGCAUCUUAAUCUUCGACCUUUCGUUUUUUGCCGAUCAGCUUGCUGAAAAGUAAACAAAUAAUGUAUUUUAGUUUACUAAUACAUAUUCAACGUUCACACCAAAAACAUCAAAUCGAACUUACCAUUCCGGAGAUAACAAUAACAUUUGACAUUGAAGGAAAACUAUAAUAACUAUGAACUGGCGAUUGCUUCGUACUGUUAGAUGAUGAAAAAAAACUGAUGCUAUGAAUGAAUGUGUUCAUCAUUUUUUCACAAUGCCGUUUCUUCUAUUUUUCAUAAGAACAUCGUAUAGACACUAUAAUUUCAUAUAG